GGUGUGUGACAAACAGUAACCUAGCUUGUUGGGGCAGUGAUCGGACCCCUCCCGCGGAGCGUGACAUCACGGCCCUGAGCUGCCGCCGCCACUGGUGGAAGUGGUGUGUACGUGCUGAGCCGAAACUCGGAGUGGCGGCCACUGUAGCUCAGCUGCCACGGUAUCUCAUAGUGAAACGCACUCUGUAGGGCAGGAAAGUGACAUAUAAGCAUCGCUACAAGCUUUAAUCAGUGAAAGCCAGGGACCCUUCAAUAUCGCGGAGAGCGGGCUGGCUGCAGCCUGUGCCUGUCAUUGGAAAACCAGAGUGAGGUGCAUGUCGGGGUGCGCGGCAGGGCACUUUGCCGCCGCCUCGGCAGCUGCAACGAACUCGGUGCCCGGCCCGCCGUCACCGCAGUGUGCAGUGAAGAGAAGGCGCCGGACCCUGGCACGCCACAAGGGCUAUACCGUCGGACAUGGAGAACGAUGUGGCGGCGGCAGUGGCUGAACAGGAACGUCAGUACUGCGAAUUGUGUGGAAAGAUGGAAAACUUACUGAGGUGCGGCCGUUGCCGAAGCUCUUAUUACUGCAGCAAAGAGCACCAGAAGCGUGACUGGAAGAAACACCGCCGGGUGUGCAAGGAAACAGAUAUGCGUGAUUCCAAUCAGAUUAUCGCGGAGAAAAGUACCCCCCAAAAUGCAAAGGGUAACCGGCAAGAGCAACAUAAGGAGCGGACAGCAGACACAUCUUCCCUUGUUGCUAGCGGUGGGCCCAAUAUCACCCACCCAGAGGUAGACAAACCAAAACAGUUGCCUUCAGUGGAGGAGCAGCCAGCAGCAGACCAGAGACUGACUGCGAACUGCUGUAACAGCGGAGGAGAGCCACUGAAGAGAAACAACCAGCAGUUGCAGCGGGGUAGUAGGACCCACCCUCAAAAGUUGGCGUUGGAAUAUAUCGUGCCAUGCAUGAACAAACAUGGCAUUUGUGUCGUGGAGCAAUUCUUGGGUGAGGAACAUGGGCAGAGCGUCCUGGAUGAAGUGAAAGCGUUGCAUCAGACUGGAAGAUUCACCGAUGGUCAGCUGGUGAGCCAGAAGAGCGACUCCUCCAAAGCUAUUAGAGGAGACAAGAUAACAUGGGUAGAGGGUCGAGAGGCAGAGUGUCCGAAAAUCGGCUUUCUAAUGAACAGCAUGGACGAACUAGUCAGGCAUUGCAAUGGCAAAUUGGGAAACUACAAAAUCAAUGGCAGAACCAAGGCAAUGGUUGCAUGUUAUCCAGGCAAUGGAACAGGAUAUGUCCGCCAUGUGGAUAAUCCCAAUGGAGAUGGAAGAUGUGUCACUUGUAUAUAUUAUCUUAAUAAGGACUGGGAUUCUAAGGUGCAUGGAGGUCUUCUAAGGAUAUUUCCAGAAGGAAAAGCUCAGUUUGCAGAUAUCGAACCAAAAUUUGACAGAUUACUGUUUUUCUGGUCUGAUCGUCGUAACCCCCAUGAAGUUCAGCCGGCAUUUGUUACAAGGUACGCAAUAACUGUGUGGUAUUUUGAUGCUGAUGAAAGAGCUCGAGCCAAGGAAAAAUACCUCACAGGAGAAAAGGGAGUGAAGGUUGAAUUAAAUAAGCCUUCUGAUCCAAAUGUGAAAGAAGUGUGAUCCACCUUUCUCCAUCUGAGAAUCCAGUGCACUUUGUUUUUUUUUUACUUGAGUAUAUAACAGAGCUGAUGAUUACCUGCUGCCAUCAGCUAGUCUGAAAAUAUGUGCAUCAGCUUUAAACUGUGGGUCUUGAGGCCUGGCAGUGCAUUGGAGUUUGUGCUGUAACUACAUGUUCAAGCAUCUGGCACACCUGAACAGAUAAUAUUGACAGAUAUGGACUGAGGAAAACACCUCCAAAAUAUUACAGUUAAAAUGAAUUCAUUUUUGCGGACGAGUAACAUGCACUUCAUUUUCUUGAUUGUACAGUUAGGAAAUUCUGUUUGUGUUUGGGGUAAUUUUCUUGCAUAUCAAGGUACAGUUUAUAAAUUCAGAUUCAAGACACUUCAAUACUGAUGUUCUGAUGAUGAUAUUGAUAUAUUUUUGUAAAAUGGUUUAUAGCAUUUUUGAAUCUAUACUGUUGAAGCAACUAAUUGCAUUAAAUAUGCAUGUUUUAAUGUAUACAUGACUCGUACAUCUCACCUUUCUAGAUUUUCUCAGAAUGUCCAGAUUUUGGCCUCUUAUAUUUUAGUCAUCCCUCAUAAAAUUUGUGUUUUUCUAACAAUUCAGUGAGGAUUGAAGUAAUU